AUGGCUCUACCAGCUUGCAAUUUGCUCAAGGGCAAAACAGCUGCCAUCACCGGCGGCACGACAGGGAUCGGGCGUGCGAUCGCAUUGGCCUUCAUCACCCAAGGCUGCAAUGUCGCAGUCAACCAUCUGGGUCUCCCCCAAGACGAGGUGCAUCGGCACAGUCUGCUUGACGAAGUCAAGUCCAUCCAACAAAGCGGCAUUGCGGCUGGCAAGAUUCUCGAGAUUCCGGGCGAUGUGACCGCCCCGGAGACCAGCAUAAACCUCGUCAAAGAAGCCGUUUCUCAAUGGGGCAAGCUAGAUAUUUUUGUCGCCAACGCAGGCGUGUUCAAACAAGCUGAAUUUCUCCAGAUCGAGUCGUCUCUUCUCGACCACAGCAUCGACGUCAACAUCAAAGGCUGCUUCUACUCCUGCCAAGCAGCUGCUCGGCAGAUGGUCAAUCAGGGCCAUGGCGGCUCCAUCAUCGGUAUCUCCUCCGUCAGCGCGCUGGUCGGUGGAGGCCUCCAGACCCACUACACGCCCACUAAGGCCGCUGUGCUUUCCAUGAUGCAGUCCAUGGCCAUUUCACUGGGCAAGGAUCGGAUCAGAUGCAAUGCUCUGAUGCCUGGCACUAUUGCUACUCAGUUGGCUGAUCAUGAUAUGAAGAACCCUACCAAAAAGGCUGCGCUCGAGGCGCGUAUUCCGUUGGGGCGGAUCGGAAACCCGGACGAUAUGGCUGGCCCGGCGGUGUUUCUGGCUUGUGAGGAGAUGAGUCGAUAUGUAAAUGCCACGGGGCUGUUGGCGGAUGGUGGGAUGUUUAGUAAUUUACAAUAG